AUUGUAAACAAAAAACCGUGUAACCAUUAGUGGUAGAAAAAAAAUAAAACAUAAACAAACGAAACAAAUAUGAGCAAAAUUAUUGAAAUAAUCGAUUCAGAUGAUGAUAAUCACACGCCAACAGAUACACCAUCAACUUCAAUCGAAUCAUCAAUCAACAGUAUGGAACCGGAUGACAACCUAAAUCAAUCCCAGUCAAGACGUCGUCGACGCAAAAGUGUUCUACAUGCAAUGAAUGAUCCAGACAUGCAUUUUCUAACAAUAUCCCUCGAAGAUGAUGAUGACGAAGUUGAAGCUAAUAAUUCCGUUCAAUCAGCGUCCUUUCAAAACUAUCAAUCUAAAAAUCCAUCCGGUGCAGUGGCACCGCCUUCACGUACCCUCUUGAAAACACCGAGAACAGCUCCUAAAAUUCUUGCUCCCAAAGCACCAACAACUGCUGACAUUGUGGAUGCACAUUUUGACAAAUUCCUUAAUGAUCCAGAGACCAUAAGUGAUGUUUAUGCAAUUGCUGAAGAGCGUGCUCGUAUUAAUUAUUUACUUUCGGUAAAUGGUAUGCCGGAGAUAAACUUCACACUGUACACACGGCCGGAACGGCUGCAAUUUCAAUUCGAAGAACGUUUGAAACAACGCAAAAUGGUGCACAAUUGGGACAACGCACGUUUGCAAGAGAAUCGUCGUAGUUUAUUGCAAAAAACUAAUGAACAGAAUACAACGUAAAUUUGUAUUUUUAUUUGAAAGUAUAAACUAGUAAAUGAAUAUAAAAUAAAUUAUAAUAAAAUGAACUAAAGCCUAAUUAAAAAUUUACUUUCAAAUUUAAAAUAUCUAAACA